AUGCAUCAGCAACGAACCUGGAUGCGGCAUUGCAACGAGGUGCUAAUCACAAGUAAUGAAGAAUCCGAAAAUCUCGAAACGGUGAUGUUAAACAUACCCGCAGAUCAGCAUACCAAAUGGCAAGAGAUACGUAAGAGUCUUGUUUAUGCAUACAAUCAUCGCAUAAAUGAUGUUGAUUGGAUCUUGAAAGUCGAAACUCACACAGUCACUGCGCUACAAAAUCCUUUUAGAUUAAUUAUAAAAGAUCUGCAAAUAGCUGACGAGGAUAUAUAUCUAUGUGAUACGACAUUUUUUAUACCAGUUGAAACGUGUGAUAAUUUCAAUGGCUACCGUGUAGAAUUGAAUGUCUUAGUGCCACCUACGGAAGUUGUGAUAUUGGAUGAGAAAGGCGAUCGCCUUGAGAAUGGCACGAUUGUUGGACCCAUGGAAGAGCGUCAAACACUUAAAGCAACAUGUGUUGUACGCAAUACUCGACCUCAACCAGUUGUUGGCUGGUGGCGGGGAAAUAAACGCUUGACGACACAUUCCCCCUCCUAUGAUGAGAAGGAUGGUUUGUUCACAGCAACUUUAGAAUUAAAUUUGCAAUUAUCACGUGAAGAUUUAGGACAUGAUAUUGAGUGUCGUGUUGAGAGCGCUGCUGUUCCAAAUGCCAUCAAAAAUCAAUUUAGCGUGGAUAUGCAAGUGCGUCCCACUAGCAUAACAAUCAAUGGAGUUGAACAUCAUACGGUACAGGGCAGCAAAGUAGUGUUGACAUGUGACAUUCAUGGUGCUCGCCCACCAGUUAAUCUAACUUGGUACAAUUCAACAGGAACAAUAAGCCCUGAAGAAAAUGAUUUAACCGAAAUCAGAACUAAAGCAUUUGAAAAAGAUGAUGGCACCUAUCACACGCAAUCUGAGCUUAUCUUCAAUGCGACACGUUUCGAAAAUGACAGGAUAUUCCGCUGCGAUGCCGAAAAUGUGGUGUUGCAGAUAAACCGCGAAAAACCGUUCACAGCUUCGCUGACAUUGGAGGUGUUAUACCCCCCAGUUGUUAAAGUAAGCCCACCAGAGAUAACAGUCAACACAAGCGAUACUGUACUGCUUAAUUGCGAGUAUGUGGCAAAUCCGGCAUCCCUCACCAAAGUUGUUUGGUAUCGCAAUAGUGAUGUGGUAAAUGUCAAUGAUACGGAUCGUUAUGAAGGUGGUAAUUCUGAAAAUGUCGCCCUCGUAAUACGUUCAACUGACAAGGAGGAUAUCGGCAACUACACAUGUCAAUUAUCGAAUGCUAUUGGCAAAGGCGUCUCCGAACAGCAAAUCGAUUUGGAUGUGCAGUAUGUGCCAAUUGUUGAAGUGCUGAUGAUACCUGAGGGUCCCGUAAAGGAAAGUGAUGAAUCAAAUGUCACAUUGUAUUGUAAUAUAUUGGAGGCAAACCCAGCAACACUCACUAAAGUGCGUUGGUAUGCGAACUCAACAUUAUUGAAGGAAUUGCCAGACUGCGAGGAGACAAGGGAGGACUUAUGCCACAUUGAUCCCAGCAAACUGCUGCUUGAAAGUAUUGGAAGAGGCUUCUUCUACAAUUAUUCUUGUGAAGGUUACAAUGCUGCUGGCUGGGGUUCACGUAGUGAUGAUAAGGAACUAAUGGUGCACUAUGAGCCUGGUCCGGCAAAAUUGAUGCAUUUUCCUUUGAUUGCAGUGAAAAAGAAGAGUGUUACAUUCUCAUGUUCUGUUGAAGAUCCUGGUUAUCCAGAAUCAAAUAGAUUUCGUUGGUUGCGUGGUGGGCGCGGACCAUUACAGGACAUUGUUACCAAGGAUUGGACUGUCGAACCGGUCGGACUUGAUAGCCGCACCAACUAUUCAUGCUAUGCCUACAACGAUGGCGGCAAAGGUGUAAUGGCUACAGUAAAUUUAGAGGUGCAUGCACCGCCAUUUUUCAUUAAGAAUUUACCACCAUACACGGGCAUGCUGCAUUCAUCACCGCAUGCCAAUCUGACGUGCCGCAUUGAAUGUGUGCCACGCUGUGAGAUUUCCUGGUUGAAAGAUGGUGUCGCCAUUGAUAAGAAUGACACACGCUACUUUGUCAAAGAGAAAUACAUGGACGCCUCGCCGGCGACCGGCGAUUUUGAGAGCAUGCUGUCAGUGUUGCACUUCAAUAUGUCAAAUUGGCCAAAUAAAAAAUUCGACAUCGAAGCGGAUAACGCCAAUUACACGUGUGUGUCAACUGGGAACACAGUGGGAGCUGGCAUUAAGAGUGCGACCUACUUUAGUAUCGAAUAUGCGCCUGACAAUACCACCGUAUCGGAAGAAGUCGUUUAUGUGCAAGAGGAUACAAUACCAGGACGUGUCAUAUGCAAAUCGAGAGCUAAUCCGGAACCCUCGUAUGAGUGGCGUUUCAAUAAUAAAACUGUCAUACGUGGUAAUGCUUUGAUCAUCAAUACGCCAAUGGCACGCAACGAUACUGGGCGGUACACUUGCCUGGCAUUUAAUAAGCACGGACGCAGCACGGCUGAAACCUCCAUUGAUGUGCAGUUUAAGCCACGUUGCGAAAUUGAAAGGCGAGAGAUCGAUGACCAGGACACACUAAUUUGCACAGCAUUCGGAAAUCCUGAAGAGGCGGAUUUUUCAUGGUCAAUUAAAGCUGAAAAUGAGACUGUCGAACAACUCGGCAGCGGUAAGAGCAAAACAGAGAAGGAUAAGAGCUUUUACGUACUGGAGCGGGAUUAUGCAAUUGCACGCACUUAUCGUUGUGUGGCCAAUAAUACCGCUGGAGCGGGACCAUUUUGUGAAAUUGAAGUUGCUGAACAAUUAGCUUGGUGGCAACGUUGGGAUAAGACGACACUAAUCAUUAUAUUGGUUUCGAUAUUUGCUCUACUCUUAGCCGUUGUCAUCAUUUGCUGCAUAAUCAUAUGCAUAUGCCGACGCCGAAGACGUCAGGAUAAAUAUCACACGGAUAUAACCAUUAGCGCUACACAAAGCGUGCUUUCAUAUCAGCCGACAGUGCCACAAGUGGGUGUGGCCGUGCCAGUACCAAUACAAGAAGUCAAAUUACAGCCAACUAAUCCUCCGUCAACAUCACUAUUAGCACCACAAUUGCCUGAGCAAAAAUUAAUUGUUUCACCCACAAAACUCACUAAUCCCACAAAUAACAGCACAACCAAUACCAACACAACUACGCCCGCCACCACACCCAACUUAAACGUUAAACAUAGUCAGGCGCCCAAGUCGCCACCACGUUGGCCGCUACGUCCCGGUGUUAUGGUGCACGUCAGCAGUGACACAAAAGAAAAUUUAGCGGUCAAUCGCAUGACACUGAAACCCAACACAACAUCAGCAUUAGCAUUCCAGCAUGUGAAUGAUAGCACACUGUCAUCAUCUUUGUUCAAUGCUUCAUCAUCUACCUCCAUACUUAAUAAUACACCAAGCACAGCACAAACUUCGCUGCAAAAUGCAUCCACACAAACGCAAACAGCAACGCUGGGACGCAUAAAUACAAGAAGUAGAAGUGUGGAUCGCAGUGUUGGUGGCACACAAAAUAGUGCAUGUCAGACGUUGCCGCAUAGAACCUCACCACCAAAGAAUAUAAGCGGUAUAGUUAAUACAAGUAAUCAAAUUUUAACAGUUGGUAAUAUGCAGCGUGCUGCUGCUGAGGAGAGGCUGCAUUUGACAGUAUCACCAACGCCUUUAACAGCUGCUGUAUCGAGAAGAAGUACAGUUCUGCCAACCACAAUAGCAACAACAGCAACCACAAGUGAAUCGACGCCUUUUAGUACGCAACAAAGUGAGACUGUUGGCGCAAGAACCAACACAGACGAAAUACAAGCUGACACUCUGCCAGAAAUUGAAUCGGAAACUAUCGUUCAAGCACCAAAUAAGUCCACCAAAGUCACACAAAGCAAUUUACAGCGAGUGGAAACGUUUUUUGUCAAUAUUUUCAGACGCACAAAGCGCACGGAUACAACGCGCGACAGUCAACGUAGUCAUGUGGGCUUAUUAGGCGGUGUCCUUAGUGGCGCUAAAGUCUUCUGGAAACGCAACGAAAGCGAUGACAAUUCACCAUUCUCCGCACAACAUCGCCUCAAAGGCAUACGUAGCAGUGGCAGCGUCACUUAUAAAAAGACGCCUGUACUCACGCAACACAACGCUAACGAUAAUGUAAAUAAUAAUAAUGACACGCCUCUAAAUGCUAGUAGUAAUGAAAAAAGUAAUGCUAUUAUUAACACCAAUACCGCCUCAGUGCCAACGGAAAUUGCAGCAACAGUCGCGAUCGCCUCACCCAGCAAUACCCUAUCACGUGCCUCUGUGACAUUUCAAACGCCUUCAUUAAUCAAGGCUACAACAUCACAAACUCAGAGCCAGCCUCAAACUCCAACUCCAACUCUAACUCAGACCCAAGCUCAAAUUCAAACUCAUACACAAAUACAAACACACACUACACCCACAAUGGCGCCCUACAGCGCGACUACCCGCAGCACUGGCAAAUGGAGCGCGACGAAGAACCAACAACGCGGCAUAUUGAAGAGCCCGAUUCCACCACCGCGUCCGCCGCCGCCAUUUCAUACAGCUCCUCCGCCAUUACAGAAACGCAAAGUCUCUACCGUAGCUCCAACAAAAGUCGAACGAGUACAAAUAAACGAAAAGUCAUCUUCACUGGGGGAUCCAUUGACGGAACCUGGCGAGUAUGAGAAUCUACCAUUUCAUGGUCUGCAAACGGCUCCUAAUAAGUUCUCUACGACUUCUACAAAUUUUAAUAACAACACAAAUGUGGUGCGCGUCGCUCCACGACCCAAGAGACUAAAUGGAAAUAUCAGCCAAGUAACGCAUGUACAACAUCAACAAGAAUACUACGACCAAGAACAGCAGCUACAAUAUCAGCAUCAGCAUCAACAACAACAGCUUCAACAUCAACAUCAGCAACAACAACAACAACAACAGCAACAGUACAACACCAUGCAAUAUGGACGCAAUCAGCAACUGACGCAGACCAUGAAUUCUCAACACAUAAUGGGUAAUGGCAACAAUGCUAACAACAAAGCCAUACACCAUUUACAAGAUGGAGCCACAACAGUUCCACACACAAACCCACAUCAAAUUACCUACAAUUUAAAUAAUUGCUUCCCAAAAAGCUACACCGAGUAUUACCAUCAGCAACAGCAGCAGAAGUUUAAUUCAAAUUCAGCAUCAAAUGCACAACUAUUGAACGCAAUCGAACAUGACUACCCCGCCUAUGCGGUCGUAGAACGUAACACUGUCGCCAAUAACUCGUUGGCAGCUAACACAAAUCCCUUCCUGGCCAUUACAAAUUUUAAGAAAUAUGACACCGACAUCAACGACGGUGCCGGCGGCGGCACGUACGCAACUGGAGCCGACGGUGCUAUUAUAUCGGCAACAGGUUCCAUGCAUCGCAAUAAGCGUAAACACCUGCUCGACAAAUGUACCGAAGAUAAGAAGUUUUAUUCAUUGAAAUUUACCGGCGGCAAAAAUAAGCACUCAGCAAACAAGCCGCCUACAGUAUUCGGCUUAAAUGCCUCCAUGAUUACUGGUUCCACCACGCCAUCGACUGCAAUGGGAAAUGCGAAAUGCAAACGACAUCAUUCCUUUGCUGGUGGUAGCAUUGGCGAUAUUGAUUCUCAAGGUUCGUCAGUGCAACAACAGCAGCAGCAGGCAAUAGGCCAUAACAGCUUAUUGCCACCUAUAGCUAAGUCCGCAAUGCGUUUCUAUGAUCCGCCCGUAUAUGAGAAUCUCAGCGAUUCGGUACAAAUACACGAGUGUGAGAUAGAACCGCAUCCGCAGCCCGGUAGUAGUAGCACAACCAAUGCACAACACCAACAACAAAAAUCUGGUACAACUGGCACUGCUACCGUUUUGCUGCAUCCACAGCCAAAUUCACAUGCUGCUGGUCACACGAGCCAAAAGAAAAAACAUCACCAUCGCCAACACCAGCAAAAGGAUGAUUUCAAUCUAAUCGAACCAGAACGUUUGAGCAUUUAUCGCAGUGAUUCAGGCAUUUCCAAUAGUUCAUACGAAGCUGUAACGCCCUUGGCAGGUGGUAAUACUGCACGCAACAACAAUAUCAACGGCACACCAGCACCCAAAACACCGAAGUCAGUUAAGUCCAAUAAAAAUAGUCUACCAAAUGCUUUGCCGAUGGGAAGUCAAAAGAAAACUACUCGUUUAGCUAGUAAUGCAGCCACGCCGCUCUACAUGAACGUUGAUGGUCAGUCACAAACUCAAUUGGAACGUGCCUCUUCACCUGUUUCAACAUUGGUUAAUUCUUCCUACGAAUCGGCAUCUUCAUCGCAAAAUGAUGGCACUGGCGCUUGUUCAACUGAUCCCACAUCAAUUUCGUCCUGCAAUUCGCUGUACAGCAGUGGAACAGGCACCAUUAUUGGUGGCGGAAUUGCUGUCAGCAGAACUACUGCGGCAGCAGCACGUUGCAAUCGACAUCAGAAACCUGCAGAUAUAACAACACCUGAAGAAUUCGAGCAAUAUCAGUUAGGGCAUCAUGCACACUCCUCGUCAUCUUUAUCGGUGGCGAGCAAUGCCAGUGCCAGUGGACGUAAAUGCAAAAAGCGCGCAAAUGUGAUGAAUGUAGGAGUAAGCGGAGCAGGAUUAAAUGAGUCAACAAUAGCAAAUACUAAUCCAUUUCUAGCAACAAAAUAUACGACAAGCGCCCACACCUCCGCCCACGGGAUUAUCAACCUCGCGAAACUACGACGAAAGACUAUCAGCGACCCCUACGCACAUAUCAAGUAUAUCACCGACAACAGCGUCAGCAACAGCGAAACAUACAAUUAUUGCACCAAAUCCGCGUACAUUGCACAGACAGCAGCAGCAGCAACAGCAACAUCAACAUCAACAGCAACAACAACAUCUAAAUCACAACAACAGCAGCAACAGCAAAUUAGCUUACAACAAUGCAACAUCAAUAAUGCCAACAAUCUUAUCUACCAACAGCACAACAAGCAAUCUUAUUACCAACAACGCAAUCAACAACAAAUGUUAAUGCCAAACGAAGCUGCUGAUGAUGACAACAACAACAACAACAACGAUGACGACAACGACGACGACGAUGAAGUGCCAUUGCAACAAUGCGGAUUAGGGCAAGCAAAUGAGAAAUUAAAAUUGCCAACAAGGCAAAGGAUAUCAAACGUCAUAAAUAUGCAAACAUAUGCAGUAACAAAACUAAAUGAACAACAUGAACAACAGGAACAACAACUAACAACAAAACUACCAACAACGGCAGCAAUUGAUGCAACUAUUGAUGUUGCAAGUGAUGAUGUCACCGCUGUUGAUACAAAUGCAGCUGUUGCAGCUGGAUUUGUGGGGCGACCAAUAAGAUUGCCACUACGAAAAUAUCACAGCUUUCAUUUUCAGCCAUCGCAGACAGUUGCUGGCAUACGACUUUGCAAAUUGCAGCAAUUACGUAUGGAAAUGCAGUAUCAACAACAACUGCACGAACUGCAGCUGCAAUUGCAACAACAGCAGAAACAACAUCAAUUGGAACAACAGUUGCUGAGAAUGUAUGUACCACCAGUUAAACCACCAAAACAUUUUGCCCAUCUGGGCCCACUGGUGUUUCAGCCAUUCACACUGAACGAGAACCGCGCCUUCAAACCUAUAUCACCGGUAACAGGAAAUGCUACUGCAUGUACUGACACAACUGCAGCAACAGAAGCAGCGACAAUAGUCGUCAGUGAUGAAGUACAAGCAAAUAAAUUAAAUGCAAACAUAGACACAAACUACUCCGUUGGCGAUAGCAUCGUUGAUGAUGUUGAGUAUACCAGCAAGUUGGACGAAAAUAAAGUCAAUACCGUGCAAGAAGUAGAAGAAGUGGAAGAAACAGAAGUCGAUGAAGAAAAAUUUGAAAUGAGCGAAGAAUUUUCCGAUGAAAUUAAGCGUAUAACGAACGUUGCAGACAACGCCAACAAUUUGUACGCAUACACUGCAAAUCGCCGUAAUCCUGCUGCAUCCUUGGAAGCUUUAGAAGCAUUAACCAAAUGUGAUCCAGCAUUCAUAAACGCCAGCAGACCAGGAAAUCGUCAAAAUUUACAUACACAAAUACCAUUUGCUGCCAGAGACGAAAGCACCACACCACAAUUGUUAGCCAAGCUGCGUACACAACUGGAAGGAAGCCAAAAUGCGGGUAUGACAAGUGCAUGUCAAACAAGUACUGCGACUGCUGAUGCAAUAGCUGAAGACGACGAUGAAGACUUAGGUUACUCUUACUGCGAGGAAGUUGUAACAGAUGAUGACGAUGAAACACUUACAGGAGACUCAUCGCCGAAUCCAACAAUCAUACUAAGCGCGGAUAGAAACGGCGGCGGGCAGGUUAAGUAUAUAAUGCAGCAUAGUUCGCGAGAAGUGCACAUUCCUUUGGGUGCAGCAAACUUUGAUGAUGAACUGAUUUAUGCCGAUCUCGAAAGUCAGCACUACGGUCCAAUUAAUUAUAAAGCAGCUUCUAUCUAUGCACAAGUCAAGAAAAACAAGCAAAGUGGCGCUUUAGUAGAAACCAAAAAUUAAACUUAAAUCUAUCAAGUUUAGUUAGUUUAAUCGAAUACCACCAAACUUACCACUAGUCAAGCUUGUGUAAAAUAGUGGGAAAAUAUUUAAAUCGUGCAUUUCAAAAUAUUUUUAUAAGUUAGAUGCCUUUGACAAAAUUGAGCAACAGUUUAGUCCCAGUCAAGGAAUUACUGGAACUAAUCAUUUUUAUGCUAUAAUUUUUUUUCAAUAAAUUUUUAAUU